UUGUUUGCAAUUUAUUUGAGCAUGAUUUUGGAAAAACGAGCUUUUGACCAGCGCAUGCAAUCCCAAAAUCUCGUGCACAUGCUGCAAAACAGAGAGUCGGGCUACACACGCAGCAAGCACAGUCAGAUGCCCAGUUUGUCCUACGAGCAACAGUUCUACAAAGCAAUCACACCCUGCCUGACAAUUAGAAUUGCCAUUCCACCUGUUUAUUUGCGCAAAUUUACGCCGGAUGGCAGUAAAUUGCUGGCCUUCUCUCACGAUCAGCGCUCGUUAAUUGUUUACGACUACAAGGGAAUCGGUGCAGCCGGUGUAGGUCAGUUGUUUGAAAAAGUGGGUGUUGGCUGCUCCGAGACAUACAUUGAUAAUGAUAACAUCCUGAGAUCAUCGCUAUUCGAUCAGCUUUUGAAGACUAAGUAUGCGCUGCGUCUGCUGCAAAACGACUCGGCGCGCUUUUAUUUACAUCGGGAGUUCAGCGUUUUCCUGGAAGAUGCUCGCUAUGUGCUGCUUGCGGGCAUGUGCAUUCUGCAGUCCUGCAAUGUGUCUGUCUCGGAUUACGAGAACUACGCGGAUAUCUUUGACAAGGUGGAGCCCUUCUCGUACAUCUUCUUCGUUGUGGACUUGCAACAGGGCAUUGUUACGGACGAAGUGCAUUUGGCACAGGAUGUCAUCAGUUUGUCGCAUAAUCAGGGCAUAUCUGUGCAUGGCAGCACAAUAGCAAUCCUCUCACUACUGCGUCAAGCCAUCUACAUCUAUGAGCUCGUCAAUGGUCGGCUAAUUAAACAGGAGCACGAAAUUGGUCCAACGCCAGCGAAUUGUGCCUUCGAGGAUCUCUCGCCCGUGGAAGCGGUCACUUUCGAUGUGAACACCCUGCUGCCCAUCACCCAUAUUAAGCAACGCGUGCUCAGCUUUCUAUAUCGUCAGAUACAGCCAGGCAGCCCUGAGGCAAUCGAAAGUCUAAAGGAAUUCUACAAGAAUUUUGAAUAUAUAGAAAACAUGAUCAUUGAAAAGAUGCAAUUGGUGGAUAACGAUUUGUUAUUAUUGCGAUACGAGGAGCGGCCCAAGGAUACACCCAAUCUGAUCACGGGCGAACAGUUCGAACCGCGGCGACGUCUCUACGUCUUCUAUGACAUAAGCAAGGAGCAAGUGCUUGGGGUCUACCACGAUGACUCUGUCGAUCUAUUACGGAUCGUCGUACAAUUCUACGACAAGCUGUGCAAUGUUCGAUCGCUGCAAACGGGCGAUGCGCCCUCGUCGUCGCAUCAUUUCAUGCAACGCUACUGCACAAAUCCCAACAAGACGGCGUUGAUUAUGCGACAGGCGGCACUGCGCUAUAAUUCCACCGUGCCCAUCAGCACGCAGAGCUUCUCAACGUCUCCGUUUCUGAACUAUAAUCUGUUCAAGUAUGAUGAUCGCCUCGUCUCGCCGCUGGAACGGCCAAAGGCCUGCUCCACAGAGGCCAUUGUAUUCCGCGAUCCUGAAACGAAUUUGAUUAAGUUUCGGUUUGAUGUGAAGGCGCGACGUUCGACGCUCACUCCCCGCGAGCUGUGUGCCUUCAUCUAUCAUCCAUUCGAGCCGCUGGUGUUCAGCUUGCAGAAAUGCAUGCAUGUCUACGCCUGUAAUGUACACAUUUACUAUCAGGGAACCAUUGUUGAGCAAUCGUAGCACUAAAUGUACUUCUAUACUAUGUAAAAAGUCGUAUUACGUAGAUUUAAUAUUCGUAUAUUGCUUGUGCAUGUGUUGUUGUUAAUUAACAUUUACUUUUAUUAUUAAAUAUUAAAAAAAAGAAA